CCUGGUGCAGCAGCGGCGAUAUAAAUACAGGCAGGAAAACAUGGGCUAGUUUGGCAAACAGAAACAAUCGUACAUGUGUUUAUCAAAUUGGCUUCGUGCUGGUUAGCGACGUAAAGCCUGUUGAAAAUCACUACAACUCACCAUGUCUUAUCGAGGGCCUCUAACUGCUGUCAUAACAACAGUACUGGGGGCGACGCUGGGGGGGCUGAUCAUAUGGCGCGUUUACCGAACAAAAAGGAAGAGGCUGCCUUCUGUCCAGAAGGUGGAUGAAAAAAGCGCGGAGGCUCUGUGUCCCAUGGAAAAGCUCACGCCUGUGGAGUGUCGAUGCGUCCAACCUCAGGACCUUGAAGAGAAGCCCCUCCCACCUCCUCCUCCUCCUCCUCCUCCUCCUCCCCCUACUCCUCCUCCUCCUGUACAGAUCCCUUCCUCUGAACAGCUGCUGGGAGUGAAACCAAUUAUGGUGAGCUCUGAGGAGGAAUGGCAGCAGCUGUGGCCACUGAUGCAGGAGGAGCUGUCAGUCUUCCCUGUGCUAGGGCUCGACUGUGAAUGGGUAAAGACCAAUGGCGUCUCAGUGAAGGGCCAGCCCUCCGCCGUGUCUCUCUUACAGAUGGCCUCAUACUCAGGUCUGUGCAUCCUGGUGAGACUGCUGCCGUUUCGUGGCGGUCAGCAGACGUUCCCGCUCAGCUUAAUGGAAGUCCUUCGAGACCCCCAUGUUUUGAAAGUCGGCGUCGGUUGUUAUGAAGAUGGCAAACGGCUGACACGUGACUACGGUCUAUCUCUGUCAUGCACUGUCGACCUGCGCUACCUUGCCUUAAGACAAAGGCAAGCUAAAGUGACUAACGGCCUCAGUCUGAAGUCCCUGGCUGCAGAUCUGUUGAAUGUGUGUCUGGACAAAUCUCUGAAGCUGCGCUGCAGUGACUGGGAGGCAGAUGAACUGACUCUGGAGCAGAUGACUUAUGCUGCCAGAGACGCCCAGGUUUCCAUCGCGCUCUUCCUUCAUCUCCUCGGCCUCCAAACUGAAGCCGGACCCGCCUCUUCCAGCGGGAGCUCCUACACUGAACUGGCCGCCCGCUGCCAGGGCCUGGUGGAUGUUCCCUUCAGGGGCCGAGGAGAAGGCGAAGGAGAUGACAGCUCCACCGAGAAAGAGAGGAGACGAAGGACGCGGAAAAUGCCCGUUUAUGAAAGCCCGGAGUCUGGAGAUCAGCAAGUCCCAGACCCUCGAAAGAAUAGCAAAAGGAAACCGCUGGGCGUGGGAUAUUCUGCCAGGAAGUCUCCUCUCUAUGAUAACUGCUUCCUCUAUGCUCCCGAUGGUCAGCCGCUGUGCACCUGCGACAAGAAGAAAGCCAAGUGGUACCUGGAUAAAGGAAUAGGAGUUCUUCAGAGUGAAGACCCUUUUAUCGUAAAGCUGCUGUUUGAGCCGUCGGGACGUCCUGACUCGCAGCAGGAUUAUUAUCUCACUGCCAAGGAGAAUCUGUGUGUGGUGUGUGGCAAAGCAGAUUCCUACAUCAGGAAAAACAUCGUGCCACAUGAGUACAGGCGACAUUUCCCCACAGAGAUGAAGGACCACAACUCCCACGACAUCCUGCUGCUCUGCACCAGCUGCCACGCCGCGUCCAACGUGCACGACGGCUUCCUGAAGCAGCUGCUGGCCGAGGAGUUUGGCGCUCCUCAGGGCUGCGAGGAGGGAGUCCGUCUGCUGGAGGACACGGACCGGCGGAAGGUGCGCUCGGCGGCCCGGGCUCUGAUCACCGCCAGCGACGGACUGCCGGAGCAGAGGCGAGAGGAGCUUCAGACGUUGAUCAGGAGUUUCUACGGUGUGGGCGAGAUGGAGGAGCUGACCGAUGAGAUGCUGCAGAAGGCUGCUGAUCUGGAGACGAGGAUCUUCAACGCGGCGUUUGUGCCGCACGGCCUGAAGGUGGUGCAGUCUCACGCUGAGCAGGGCCUGCGGGGCCUGAUGUACCUGGAGCGUCGCUGGCGGCAGCACUUUCUCACCACCAUGAGGCCGCGCCACCUCCCGCCCCUCUGGUCCGUCGACCACAACCACGGCAAGUUCCUCCGCAAGUAUGGAGAGGACCUGCCCAUCCAACUCAACUGACUGUGAGGGCCGUGGUCAAAGACUCCACGUCCACUCUGUCAUUUUUACAGCUGGUUUAGACGGACGGCGAAGGGACGGACACUCUGACUCCCUAACUGGGACCAAACUGGUAUAAUGUGUGGCAAGUGACGAGUGUGUGAGUGAAUACACUCGAUGUUUUGCUCUUGUUUGGUUGAACCAGUGAGAUGCUGCUCAGUUGCCAUGGAGACCAUGAAUUGAACUUAAGCCUCUUCCUCUCUGGAGGAAAGCCAGCACUGAAUCUGAGGACACUAUGUAACUGCAUAAGGACACUUUUCUGAAAAAUGUGUAAUUUAUUUAUGAAAAAAAGCUAUUGAUAUUGAAAUGUAGGAACCUAUUUUUAGAAGAAGCUGCAGCCUGCUCUUAAUUUCCCCUUAAUUUUAUUGACGUCACGCACCUCCCUCCGCAGGUUCGCAGCUUUGCUGAGACAUUGGCUUCAAAGUAAUGGUGACGGUGGUUGUUUUAUUUACAUGACCGUGAAUUAUUCCGCUGCUGUUUCAGCCUGUUGUCUGUUUUAAGUCGAUAGAUGAAGGAUACGUUUUCCAGAAGCAACUUGAAAUCAAAUGAACUUCGGUUAUUUUGCUUUUUAAAGGACGAGUUUGGUCAUGAGGUGCUGUUGGGGCCCGACUGCACCAUCUCAGUUUUUUUUGCAGGGGUGGGUGGGAAACGAAUUGUCACAGAGUAACAUUGGCUCAUUUAGUUUUAUAGCUUAAACUUGUGGCGUGUAUGUCCUGUUGCGGAUCCUCCUGAUGGUUGGGUCACUUCCAUGGCUCAUGUUUUAAUGAGCCUCUUAAUCCCCAAAACCUGACCGGAGACGUCACAGCAUCAGGACACGAGCUAGUUUCAGUUCACAGCAGUUCUCACCGACGACGUCAAUUCACACAAUCCAAACUGCACAAUAAGAAAAAAGAUGCCAGCGUACCUGAAAACCACCAUCAACGUCCCCUUUUGCAAAGCAGAUUUUCAUCCCAGGAUUGUAAUAAAGAUAUUUACAACAUAAAAACUGUAAAUUUAUUCAUGUUUUCCUGGAUGAAAGCCUUGAAGCUGUUUUGUUUACUAAAAUUAUGAAUGUUAAAAAAUAAAUAAAAGUCGUAUUUGUGA